UUAACGGGUAACGACAAGUUUACUAUUAACUAGUGUCUACUUUCCAUUGUCAUUUUACUUUCUAUGCUACUUCUUAAUGCUACUGCUGUCUAUAUUCUAUUUUUUACAUUCAAAUAUCUAAUACACUCCGUGAAAGAAAGUCAUAGAGUGACGAGGGAAAAAAAAAAAAAAGAAAAAAUCAUCUGAGCCAGUUCUUCCUAUUAAUUCUAACAUAUUGAUUUAGAAAUUGCUUACGAUAAAUGUUAUUUUAUAAUUCAUCGUUCGUUUAGGAUUAAAAUAGUGAUAACAUCGAAGUCACAUAUCGAUUUCCUUUUUUUGUAGUAUCAAAACGUAGUAAAACGCGCCCUAUUCAAAUUGACUUGAUCAAUUUUCAGACAGCAUGCAUUCUUAAAUGGAUACGUGCCUGCAUAUACAUAUACUAGAAAGUAUUCGAAGGAAAAUUAACGAAUGUAUACACGUAUAUUGCGUGGACGAAGUGUAAGCUAUCAGAAAAUACAAAUUUUAUUAUUGUGGAAAAAAAAAGAAAAAAAAAAAAAAAAAGAAAAAAAACAAUUUUUGUAAAAUAUAUAAUGUAACAAAAAAUAUAGUCUAAGAGAAAGGAUAAAUAUGCAGUAACAAGUAUUCCACUGACCUAUUACUAAGAACUUGUAAAAGUGAAGAAUUAAAGCAAGCUAACUCUUACUCUCUAUGCUCUGUAUGGUCAAGACCCAUCCGAUGUCCCAUCAAUAUGUGUUCUUCAAGAUCACUUUUAGCUUUCUAUCAAGGAGGGACAUCUUUCAAGAGGUAUAAAACAGUAAGCAGCAGAUUUGUACAUCAGUGUGUGCAGUUCCUUCUUAGUUAGUAAAGAACUACACUUAUAAAGUUUUUCUUUCAUAAUUAAAUUCUUAUCAAGAUGGCAAGAACAAAAUUUUAUAGAAUAUUUACGUGUUCCAUCCUUAUGGUUCAUACAGCAGCAUCCACUGGCAAUUACUAUUUUAAACCGGAUGACAGAUUUGAACCCAACAAACAUAUUUUCAAUGGAAGAUAUAUACCUGGGGAUAAUAUAAAUCAAAAAAAUAUUAAUAAUUAUGAUACAGAAAAUCAAGAAAGGGAUUAUGCAUUUAAUGGCAGAAUAAAUAAAGCAAAUCUUGAAGUCAGUAAUUUACCUUUUCUUGCUCAAUCGAAUGAUAAUAGAUUGUCAGGACAUAUGGACACAAGUUAUGAAAAUCAUAAUAACAAUUUAAAUUUUAUAAAAGAGGAUUUGCCUUAUCAUUUUCAAAAAUACUCUACUAAUAGUAGUAAUAAAGAGUUUGAUUUUGGAAAAUAUAGAAAUCCCGAUUCAUCUCAAUAUUCAAGUGAUCAUCAUCACAAAGGAUCUUCUUAUACUGAUUUCAUAUCUGGAAGCUAUUCUAAUGGAGUCCCGUCGUCAUUUGCUCCUAUAAGAUAUGAACAAGAUUCUGAUACGUCUAUGGCAGAUGAUACUUACAUCAAUAAUCAUCAACAAUUUUAUGGAAAGCAAAAAGGUAAUAUCUUUAAUAUCAAAGGAAAAUAUAAUUAUGAAGAUGAUGCAUUAAAUAUAUUUUCACCUGACAUAUUUUAUAUGCAAGAAGAUCAUAAGACCAAAGAUCAAAUUCAAGGUUUAAAUCAAAAUCAAAGUCCAUCUUUAGGUGACUUAUCAAGCUCUGUAUCAAAUAAUUAUAAUUCUAACAUACAUGGUAAAAACAUUAAUUUUCAUAAGUUGGAAAGACCAAUUAAUUAUAGAAGAAUCAAAUAUCCUUCUGGAGUAUCUACUUAUCCUUCCAAGAGUAAUUUAAAUUAUGUAAUAAAGGGACAUAAAAAUAAUCAUUUUUCUAAUAGUUAUGCAAAAGAUAAUGGGAAAGCAAUAAUAAUUAAAAUUGGUGGCUCCAGUCUUUAUCCUAGAUAUAUUUAUUCUACAAGAUUUUAUCCUAAUACUAAAGGUGAUGUAAAUAGAGGUUAUAAAAAGAAACGUAAUAAUUUUUUAAAUAGGCCACGUAAUAACCCAGUACCUGUUCAUUCGCCAAAUUUCAGUUAUAAUAAUAAUAACAUUAACAAUAAUUAUGAUGAUUUUGAAUCUUCUGAACUAUAUAAUAGAAAUACCGAAUAUACAGAUAAUAUAAGUACAAAUGCGUUUACUACAUAAAUCUACGUACUCUUAAUCGAAAAAUUGUUAAAUAAAAAAAAAAAAAAAAAAAAAAAAAAAAAAAAACAGAAAAAACAGAAAAAAAAACAUACUUUUUAUACUAUUUAAAAUAAAUUUUUUGUUAAGUAAUUGGAUGUUUAUUAUUUGCUAUCAUUUGUUUAUAGAUUCAUAUUUUCAGUCAUAUCAUUAUACGCACGCAUGUACAUUAAUGUAAACAAGGAGGCGUCCUUGAAAUUUUUGGUUUGGCCAAAAAUGCUUCUUCUUCUUUAUCGCAUUUAAAUUUAAUUGCAUUGGCAGCAUUAUCAAAUAAUUUGUCAUUAUCAUUGUUUAUGUUACUCCUACAAAAUGAUUAAGAUAUAGAAUAUUUUUAUUAUAAAUAUUUUUACUUAAUAAAAUAUAAAAUAAAAAACCUUCAACUUAAAGAGGCAAGUCAUACACGUAAAAUUGUGGAAUUUAUAAUGUCAAAAAAUGUGCAAAAGAAAAAUUUGUAAUGAUUUCAUUAUUUCUCACUCACAAUGAUGCAAUACUGCUGAAUUUUUCUAGUCCUGCAAACACAACCCAAACUUUAUGAAGCAUGUCAUUGUUAUAUCUAAUACUUUUAUAAUUAUUAUACAUUUUAAUAUGUGAUAAUAUAUAAGAUUUACGAUAUUUUUUUUUAAGAUGCAUAUAUAUAUAUAUAUAUAUAUAUUAUUUAAAAAUAUAACAUUUAUACCUUUUUUAUUUUCAUGCGUAGAUUCUAAAGUCAUUGAAGAUGAUAUUGUCAUUGUACUACUUUCUCUAAAAGAAAAAAAAAAAAAAGAAGAAACAAUUUUAUAUGAUCAUUAAUAAUAAAGUUAAUAGUAAAAAUAUAUAAUUUAAGGUGAUAUGAUGUUCAUAAUAUAAUAACAUAUAAUGAAUAAAAAAACAAAUAUUUCAGAGUUUUACAUCAUAUCAACUUGAUAAUUUUUGUUCUAUUAUUGACACACUUGGAAGUUUGAUUUUCA